UUGUUGAUUAUCUUGGUUUUAAAUAAUACCUUAAAAAGUUUUAUUGUGUAUUGAUUUCAAUAUGCUUUGUUUUUAAAGCAAAGAGUGAUACACUGAAAGGGGAGAAUCAGAAUUUUCAAUCAGAAGAAAUUUUACCCAUUGCUUGCCAUCUUAUCGGGAAAAUUCUUUGCUACAAUAUAUUUCCCUAUAACUGACACAUGAAUUUCAGGACGAAAUUUAUAUGUACAGGGAAUACAAAAGCAAGCUUCGAUCCUCAAUCACAGAGAUGGAUAGACGAUCAAAAGACUUGUUCAAGAAACCGACAUCAAUAGCCAUUUGUAUUCCAAACACAGUUGUUGUGCCAAGUGAUGCUGCAGUAGACGAAGAAAAGAUUGUCCUUACAAUAAGACUUUAUAACGAUGAACUUAUCCCAAUAUACGAUGCAACUGCAGAUAUAAGUAUAGAAAUAUUAGACCCAGACAAUGAUAUAUUACGACCUCACGCAGAAGAUUAUACAGACAAAGAUGGGACGUACAAAGUAUACUUCAUUGCUCCAAAACCAGGGAAAUAUACUGCGCAUGUGCUGGUAAACGGGAAAUGUAUAAAUACAGCAGGUUACAAAUUCAGUGCUUUAGGACAAUAUUCUUACAACAAAAGAAAACAUUCUUUUAGGAGUUCUCCAAGACUAUAUACUGGAGACAUGCCUUCCAGAAGCUUUUCAAGAAUGACUACAGGGAUGUUGUCGUCCAUGUCAUCACCUAGAAUUUCAGCCUUGAUGUCAUCACGUUCCGCAAAAUCAGAUGAUAUUUUGUAUCGUGGGACACCGAGAACUUUCAAAGGUGUUGUGGCGACAAAACCACCUUCACGUCUGACUGUUUUAGAUGAGUCCCUGCAAGAUGCACCGAUAUACUCUGCCAGAGAUCAACUUAACACGGAUAACUUUUCUCCACGAAAAUAUUCUGGUACUAUAACUGAGCGGAAUUUGUUGUAUAAUGACGUAAACUGUAUAAGCAUAGCAUUUGAUGCAGCUGUUUCUCAUCCCUCAGUAGAAGUCUCACGUGACAGUCUUACGAUGGCUUUGAAAUCGACAAAACAAAUAUAUGGCUCUACUCAAAGUAAAAGUGGAACUCGAAGACUUCGUUUAUUUCCGGGAACCAUUGGAACACGAUCUUUCAACAAACCUGGACUGUUUUAUUGGGAAAUUUCUAUAAAAUUCAAAAUUUUGCGCCUAAUUCGACGGACAGUUUUAUUUGAGAUUGGUCUUGCAAGGAAUGACGUAAUCGAUAAAAGUUUUAGAAACGACCGUAGUCCAUUUGCAUGGGUAAUCAGUGGAAGUGGAUGCCACCUUUGUGGAAAAGUGUGUCUUCAUGGGUGGCAUAAUGGUCAAAUGUUAAGUCAUUAUCCAUUUAGUGAUCGAAUUCCCUUAUCAAUCAGAUCAUAUUCUCAAUUACACUAUGGAUUUUUGCUGGAUACGUCUAAAAGGCAUUGGAUAGUUGUUGAUUUAAAAAGUAGAAAGGUAGUAGCUCACUUCAAAAACUUAGUAGUUUCACCGAAAGAGGCCCCACUGUGGCCAGUUUUUGGUAUUUACAACCCAGAACAAACACAUAUUACCAUGGAAAUAUUCUAUGGGUCUGAUGUCAGUAGAAUACCAGAAGAAGCUUUAGAUGCUCUUUCUAUUUAACUGCGUUAUCUCUAUCAACAAAUGAGUAACAUUCAUUAGGAUAUGAUGGUUCAAAUUUUUUGAAAUGUGACAUGAUGUUUCCGGGUUUGCAACACGCUUCUUUAAAUAUAUUAAUCAGGAGAAUACACAUUUUUAUUUGAUUAAAAUAUGAUAAUUAAAAAAAACAACACGAAUUUAGGUACUAGUGUUAUGUGUCAAAUAAUGUGUCUAAAAUAUUUACUAUGCAAUGAUUAUUGAACAAUCCAAUAAAAAACCUUUUGCAAGAA